UGGUUUGUGUAGCUGUGUGGAUAAUUUUAUAAAUGUGUAUUACAUCGGCUCGUCGUCCCUCGUUUAUUUUAUUUCUGUGAAGAAAAUUCAAUUUAGUUAUGUUGAGAAGAAGAAUGGGUAAAUUAAAUAAUUCAUUCGUGUGGGGAAUCUUCUUUGCUUCAGCCACUUGGAGCAUUUCGCUCUAUUUAUACUGGCUGUUGAAUAUGAAUGGGGACAAUACCAUUAAUAGUACUGAAAAUCGUCUGAGCUAUAGGUUUGUGAAUGCAGACCAAAGGAAUGAAUUGAAAAACAAUGAUCGAUCUAUUGCAACACUGGAGGGGAAGAAUCUUCUUUUAGAUAAUGCCAAUGUCAAUGAAAAAUUUUCUGGCAACAUGUGGAAAUACCAGAAAAGUAAAUCUGACUACUAUAGUAAGAUGAAGUUGAAAGAAAAGUAUGCUAAGCACCUUGGUCUGAAAAUGACUGCGCAGCCAGACAAUGCAUUGGAUAAUCAGUUUGGGUUGAUACGAAACGCAGAAGAUGUGAGGAUUCGUGAUAGUGGCUACAGUGUCCACGCUUUCAACACAUUGAUCUCGAACCGAAUUGGAAACCACAGAGGUUUACCUGAUACCAGGAAUAAACUGUGUCGCAUCCAGAAAUAUUCGGAGAAACUGCCGAAAACUUCUGUAAUAAUUUGCUUCUUCAAUGAACAUUAUCAGACUCUGAUGAGGUCGGUGCACUCUAUACUGGACCGCACUGAUAUGAAAUACCUCAAAGAGAUCAUACUCGUCGAUGACUAUAGCGACAUAGAUGGCUUACACGAUGCCGUGCAGAAGUCUGUCAAUGAACUCAACAACAGAAUGCGCAAAGAAGAAGAAAUGAUAGAAACAAACAACAUUGAUGUGGAGAGUGUCGUGGACUAUAUUAAUGAUGAUAAUAAUGUUGUGGAUAAGAAAACGACUGAGAGGAACAAAGAUCUUUUAAGUAUAAGGCUACUGAAGACCAGCAGGAGGGAAGGUUUAAUACGAGCUAGGCUGUAUGGAGCUGAAAAUAGUGUUGGCGAAGUUCUUGUUUUCCUGGACUCUCAUAUAGAGGUGAACAUUGAUUGGCUGCCUCCCAUGCUGGCGCGUCUGGCGGAGGGAGUGGACAAAGAAACGAGGUUCUCUCACCGCGCCGUCACCCCAGUCAUCGAUGUCAUUAACGCUGAUACAUUCGAAUAUACGGCUAGUCCGUUAGUCCGUGGAGGUUUCAACUGGGGCCUGCAUUUCAAAUGGGAUAACUUACCAAAGGGAACACUCAAAACUGAUGAAGACUUCGUGAAGCCAAUAAAGUCGCCGACUAUGGCUGGUGGACUGUUUGCAAUUUAUCGAGAAUAUUUUAACUACAUUGGUAAAUACGAUGAGGGUAUGAAUAUUUGGGGCGGUGAGAACUUGGAGAUAUCAUUCCGGAUAUGGAUGUGCGGCGGUUCCUUGGAGCUCAUACCGUGUAGUAGGGUUGGCCAUGUUUUCCGCAAACGACGACCUUAUGGCACAGGAGAUAAAGAAGACUUCUUGUUGCAUAAUUCGAUGCGAAUGGCUCGAGUUUGGAUGGACGAAUACGUGAACAAGGUGAUCGAGCAUAACCCGUCUGCGGCUAACCUGGACCUUGGUGACUUGACAUCUCGUCACAAUCUACGUAAGAACCUGAGCUGCAAGUCUUUCAAGUGGUACUUGGAGAACAUUUACCCUGAACUAGAGACUGGCGAGAACGAGGUGGUAAAUAAGAGAAUAGCUGCCCUCAAUGAUGUCGAGAAGAAUAAAUUCCAGCCGUGGCACUCCAGAAAACGCAAUUACACUGAUUCGUACCAAAUCCGACUGAAGAACACUUCGUUAUGUAUCCAGAGCGAAAAGGACGUUAAGACCAAGGGAGGAGGUUUGGUUCUCGGAAGCUGCAUCAGGAUCUUGAACCAGAUGUGGUUCGAAACGAGUCGCUUCGAGCUGGUACUAGGACGCACGCUAUGCCUGGACGCAUCCAACAAUGUUGCACCGAAACUGAGUAAAUGCCAUGAACUUGGCGGCUCACAGGAAUGGAAGCAUAAGGGAUCCGGAGGCAGUCCUAUAUACAACACUGCAGCAGGUAUGUGUUUAGGAGUCGACCGAGCAAGUCGUGGCGAGCCGCUCAUCAUGGUGAUCUGCGACAACCAACCAACGAACCAAUGGGACUUCAUUAGAACUUAAAUGUACGGACUUUGAUGACACAUUUCCUUAGUUACUAAUAACUUGAUGUGACUAGGCUGUUUAGCCGACCUGAGCUUGUAGACGUAGUACCCACAGCGAACCUUAUUCAAUACUAAUACGGAAUCUUAUAUAUAACCACUGUUUUAGAGAUAAAGUAUAACCAUUUCGAUCAAUUAAAUAAAUAUUGUGUAUGCUAAACACACUAACAACUAACAAUGUUAUAGAUAUUCAGCAAUCGAUCUCUUAAUUGGUAAUCUCUUUUCGUAGACUCUUAUUACAUAAUUAUUACUAUAUUACAUAACCAUACACGUAAUCAAUAACAAUCAUACAAUACAAAAUAUUGAAUAGUACUAGAUUAGGAGAUAGAGAUUAAAUAUUGUAGUUCUAGGCUAAACAAAUACAAAAUAAUAAUAUAGAUACUUGACUGUGUAUGCUAUUUUUUUCAUACUUGAUGAUUGCAGCUUUUUAUCAGAAUGGGUAGAUAUUAGAUAUUGGAUCUGAGAGCAGUUUUGAAAAAUGCUUUAUAUUGUAAUACAUUCGAAUAUUUAGAAUUACGUAUUUGCUACAAUUCUUUCGAUAAAUUAUUUAUCAUUAGACAAUUAGGAAAGCUUUAUACAUACAUCAUAAAUUAUGAGUGGCUCGUGAAAUACCGAUACCGUCCUGUUUUAUUUUAUGAUUUGUUCCUAUGAAAUAUUCUGUACAUUCAAUAAUUUAGUGUAGUACUUUUUACGUGCGUAUUUUGCUAAUUAUACUAGGUUGGAAAGUGGGAUGAAGAUAAUAUCGAAUUAAUGUAGCAUUUUAAAAUAUACAGCUUUUUGUAAUGGGUGAAUGUCAUAUAAGUUGAACUUCCCACUAUAAUUUUUUUACCAAAAGUAUCGAACGGAGCCGGCAGUGUAUUACAUGUUUAAUUUUUUAUUUCUUUUUAUAACUAAAGUAUUACUAUAUAGUUGAAGAAGUAUGUCAGUUUAUAUGUGAAGUUCUAUUUGGAUCUGAAUGGUUUUAUAAUAUUAUUUUAUUGUAAUUCUUCCUUCUAUUAUUUUCCAUUGUGUUAUUUAGGUUAGGGCUAGUGUAGUAAGCUUAGUAUUUAAACAAAAUUUUUAUAACGAAAUAUUUUUUUGUUAAUUUAGAUCAGACUGAUUUUUACAGACUACGUUAAUUUUGCUUUUGCACACAAUGUGUACUCGUGAACUGAUAUUGUUUUUCUUAUCUUUCAUAACAUAAGGUUAUAAAGACCGGUUACAAUAGGGAGAGAAAAUAGCUAAAGAAUGAACAUCAAUGGAAACAAUCUCAAAAAAAUUAUAAACACUAUCUGAUUAUUCUUUUAAAUGACGAAUUGGUAAAUAAAUUAUUAAAAUUACCUAACAAUGAUACAGUGUUGUUUAUUAGUUAUUAUAAGCAAUUUAACAUUAAAUUAUAGUUUUAUUAAAUUUGUCAUAGUGGAAAUGUUAUGUGAAUAUGAAAAGUUUUACAAAAUUUAAUUUAGUUUUUGUAUAAAUGCACUAUAGCAAACCCAUGUCAAUUUUUUCUUGUGUGAUGACAAUAAUUUAUGCUAAUCAAUUUUUUUGCUAAACGUUUUCCUUUUGUCACAUUUAUAUAAGAAUCAUUCAACAUUAAAGCAUAGCAGAGUUAAUUUUAAGUUUUUGAAGCGAGAUAUUUGUAUUAAAAAUGUGUUUUUUUUUUAAUGACUAUUUCAAUCUAUAUUGCAUACUCUCCCACCGAUGUCUAUUAUGACUAUUACGGAAACAGCUUAUUAUUUGAAAGAUAUGUGGAGUAUUAUACUAUAUUUGACAUUUGUUCUUGUAAACACAGACUGGCAAGUCCGUCCUCUUUUUUAAUACGUUAAGAACUUUAGUAUCUAGUAUUUUUUGACACACAGAACAGAAAUAAAAUAACCAACAUCAUGAAUGUUAUCUCCUUGAUUAAACGAACUUUAUUAAUUUGCCAUUUUUUUGGUUUGGUAAGGGGAAACUGUCGCAUUAUUUUUGUGACUAAUCUCAUAUCAACUAUUUUUUUAAUCUAUUCUAUUUUUAAUACUUUAAUAUACUUACGUUUACUGAUAAUCAUACUAAUAGCUCAAAUCUAAGUAAAAAUACCUACAUUAUUUAGUUAAUUAUACGACUUUCUAUGAAAUUUGACUUGGAACCGACCAAUUAAGUAUAUUUUACUAUAUUAUUUACUGCAUAAAACAUAAUAGAUUGAUUGAAUGUAAUAUAAACAUUCAUGGCAUAUAGCAUAUUCCAUGUAAUGAUUAUCUGUUCUGUAAGUGCUCUCCAUUUCUCAUUUUAUUUGUAUAUCCCUAUAAAAGCGUGCUUAUAAGUACUACCUUUUUAUAAUAAUAUGCUCUUCAUUUCUACCCCGAUGGAUAAAGUUGGCACUUUGCUGGUAGUAAUGAAAUAUUAUGUAUGUACGUACUAACGUCAUACAGGUUUAUUUUUAUAGGCAAUUAAAUAAGUCUUUAAAACUGUCUAGAUACAGUUUAUUUCCUUUCGUAUCUGAAGUUAUUUUGGAAACUUUAGAUUCUUUUAUAAAUGUUGUAUUGACUGCACAGUUGGUGCAGUGACUGGGCAACUGGCUGCUGUGUAACGUAUCGUAUUUUUGUGUUAUCCACAAAUUGUACUGUAAUAUUAUUAUGUAGGUGAAUUUAUAUGUUUAUAAGUUACGCAUCCACGACGCAGGAGAAAAUCCUAGUGUGGUAGCGUUUCUUUUAAAAUAAACAAGCAAUUAAGUAAGCAUGUGAAGUUGCCAUUUGGUUAAAGUUGUACAAGUGUAGGUGCCGAUUUAUUGACUGAGUAUGUUACAAGUUAGGAGAUUUCAGUACUAUUGUACUAUAUUCAGUUUAGAGUGAGAUUUGAAACGUAAAUAUCGGAAGUUGUAUGUAGGAUAGACUAUAAUUUUCUACUAUUAAUAUUAUUUUGCGAAUUAUAAAAAUUUUUGGAGCUGAAUGAAGGGAUUUUGAUCUAAAUAUUAUAUAUUUGUAAGAAAUUUGCAUAAAUAUACUUUUUUUAGGCUUAUUACAUGUAGUUUUUUUUAUCUUUGUGACCAAACAUACUUUGUGAAGAUACAAAAAUAUACGUGAUUUUUUUAUAUUUUGCAUAAUUGUGUACCUAACACUGAUAAUUUUCCUAGGAAAAGUGUAUGUAUUUCUUCCACAAGUCACAUCCUAUGUAAACAUAGAAUUAUGUUUAUUGAAUUUUAUUGUUUAAAAAUAAAUAUUUUAUGUAUGUUAUUACAACAAUAUAAAUAAAACAAAAAAUGUGUA